AAACUAUUAUAGUAUUAGUUAGUACGCGUACGCCUUCGUCUUGCUAAAAUUAUAAUUUUCAAUACUACUUACUAUAAAAAAAAAUAGUUACUUAGUUACUGUGACUGUCUACUACUACUGUAGUCUAUAAUAUUUUGUUAUUGUCUAUUUGCCUAUGAUGAAUCAUUAAUCACUUCUAUACCUUCAAUGCAACUUAUUACAAGUUACAACACUGUUGUGAAAAUAUACUUUUUUAAUCUUUUUGUUUGAGAUAACAUAACAAUAAUAGUUUUAUACUAAACAGUGAACAUUUUGUUUAUUAUAAUUCGUUGACUGAGUGAUAUUCUAUUUGGAAUUAAACUUCAAGUGUCAUUGCAGGAUAAAUUAGGUAAUAAAUAUUAAUUAACAAUGGACAGCUUUUAUGGAAAUUCAUAUCAAAGCAAUGGAGGUGAAAAAGAUUUUCAAAAAUUGGCUCAAUUGAUUGGCACCAAUAUCCAGAAAAUAUCUCAAAAUGUGUCAUCUAUGAAUAGAAUGGUAAACCAGUUAAAUACCGUACAAGAUGCUACAGAAGUUAGAAAACAAUUACAUCAAAUAUCACAUUAUACUCAACAGCUAUCUAAAGAUACUAGUCAUAAUUUAAAGGAACUUAAUGAAAUACGAUCAUAUUCUUCUCAAACAGAUCAGAGACAAUUAAAAAUUCAAAAAGAACGUUUAGCUGAAUCGUUUACAUCUGCUUUAAAUGCAUUUCAAGCCAUUCAACGUAAAGCAUACGAUAAAGAAAAUGCAGAGCUAAUGAAACGUACAAAAGCAUCUUCAUCUACUGGAAAAUUACCUCCACCACCUGGUUCUAAAUAUCAAAAUGGUUAUUCAAAUCCAAAUGAAAACCAAAAUGAUCAAACUCAGAUACAAAUUUUGGAUGAAGUAAAUUUACAAGUGGUUGAACAAGAACAAGCUAUUAGACAACUUGAGAACGACAUAAGUGACGUAAAUCAAAUUUUUAAAGAACUUGGUACUUUGGUUCAUAAUCAAGGUGAAAUAAUUGAUAGUAUUGAAGCUAAUGUACAAAUUACUAAUGUAUCAGUUCAAGAAGCAACUGGUCAAUUGAGACGGGCAACUGAUUACACCAACAAACUCAGGAAAAAAAGAUUCUAUUUAUUAGUUAUUUGUGCUGUGAUAUUAAUCAUAAUUACAUUGACCAUUGUUUGGGGAUCUAAAUAAAUGUGUUAAUGUUAGUUAUACUUAUUAUAUUGUAUAUCAGUUAUUCCAUUUUGUUAAUUUACAUAAAAGAAAAAGUAUAUUAUAUAUUUAUAAUUUCUAUGUAUGUGUCUAAAGUUUGAACUGUUUAAAGUAUUUUUUUUUUUAAUAUAUAUAUAUAUAAUAUAAAUGUUAUUCAUUAUAGUAAAAAAUUACAAUUUAUUAAUCAUUAGAUGUACUUACAAAGCUGCUUAAAAAAUAUGUUUUUUAGUUAUAUUUUUUUUAUAUAUAUAUUAUUAUUAUUUCUGUUGUGUUAAUAUUUGCAUAUUAUAAUAUUAUAUAAUAUAUAGAAUUUAUGUAAUGUACAUCAUAGAUAAGGCCAGACUUAUAGCAUGAAAUGUUCCAAAAAAGUCUUUGAAAUGAUGUAUAAUUAAUUGUAUACUAGAACAGUGGUAGAAACAAUACUAGUGAACAAUUAAUUUUUAUGAUUGACUAUCAUGUCGUAUUUAUAAUGAUAAUGAAAACAAAAUUCCAACUUUAAUUUUACUUUUAGAGAAAUAUUAUCAUUGAAUAAAAACAAAAAUGAAGUAUUACUUCAGUAUAUCUAUCCACAUCAUUUAACUUACCUAUGGUGUACAUUUAUGUUAAGUUCAAGUAACACACUUACCAAUUAUAAUACUACAGAUAAUUUUGUAAUUAUUUUAUGCUGAGUUUUAAAUUAUACUAUUUUAUUUAUCAUA